GCCUCUCCAACGCGGAGUGAGCGGGAACCCAGGCCGCCCAGCCAUUGGGGAAGGAAGGAGGAGGCUCUGCGCUGGAGGCAACGGCCGAGAGGGGCUCCUAGUCUGAAGGGAAAGAAGAAGGCGCCUCAGUCUCUGCCGGGGCAGGAGUCCUUCUCCUCCUCCUUCGGGAGGGACCGCCCCUGUCAACCGCCCGAGAGGCCGCCCCUUGCCUGGGCAGGAAAGGAGGAGGCCGUGGGCCGACGAGGCUGAGGGAGGCGUCCAGGAGGAUAAAGAAAGGUCGGGUGACCGGACCAGCAGAGCUGUUCCAAGAAGGUCCACCAUUGAAUUUGUCGCCAUUUGCACCUCCUUCUUGAUGGUGGCUACCAUGUCCUGGCAAGGACUGGUGCCAGGGGCAGAAGAGAAGAAUAUGGAAGUAGCAUGACCCUGGAAACAAGCUUAUAUCUGCCUGCAAUAAGACUCAAUGCACGAUCUGAAUGGUCAAGCUCAUAGAAGAAGGGAAUGACGGAAGGAGAACCACUGAUGAACGAUCUCCAAGGAUGCAGCGCUGCAGAUGAGAACACCUCCGUCUCCGUUUGCCCCAAGGCCUGGGUUGAGCCCACCUUCACCCUCGCUGCCAAGGCUCGGGUUGUUGUCACCAGCUGUUUCUUUGUGGUGGCGGCAUGCAGCAACUGGGCGGUCUUGUACAGCGUGACGCGGAAGAGACGGAAAUCCCACGUCCAGCGGCUCAUCCUCAGCCUCACCGUGGCCGACCUGCUGGUGACCACGAUUGUCAUGCCGCUGGACGCCGUGUGGAACAUCACCAUCCAGUGGUACGCCGGAGACGUCCUCUGCAAGCUUCUCAACUUCUUCAAGCUCUUUGCCAUGUACUCGGCCGCGCUGGUGCUGGUGGUGAUCAGCUUGGACCGGCACUCGGCCAUCCUUCACCCCUUCUCUUUCGCUAACUCCAGCCAUCGCAACCGGAUCAUGCUCUCCGUGGCCUGGGCUCUCAGCGUCUUGCUGGCCUCUCCCCAGCUGUUCCUCUUCCACCUCUACACCAUCCCAGGGGUCAACUUCACCCAAUGCGUGACGCAUGGGAGUUUCAGAGAACGCUGGCAGGAGACCACCUACAAUAUGUUUACCUUCACCACUCUCUACAUCACUCCUCUGAGCGUCAUGGUCGUCUGCUACGUCCGCAUCUUGUUUGAGAUUAGCAAGCAGCUGAAAAUUAACCAAGGUCUCGCCAGAGGUAAAGAUGACCACAUCUCCAAGGCCCGCAUGAAGACCCUUACCAUGACCAUCUUGAUUGUGGCCUCUUUCAUUAUCUGCUGGACACCAUAUUACCUCCUGGGCUUGUGGUACUGGUUCCAGCCUGACAUGAUCCGUCAAAUGCCGGAGUACAUUAACCACUUCUUGUUUCUCUUUGGCUUGCUGCACACUUGCACGGACCCCAUCAUCUAUGGGCUAUACACCCCGUCUUUCCGAGAGGACAUGAAGCUGUGCCUCAAGAGCCUGAAGUUGACAUUGACCCACCAAGAGAAGAGUCUUGCGUCCAUUUUGGAACUGAAAAUUAAAGAGGAGCAUGGGCAGGGUGAGCACCCUUCAAGUGUUUCCAAUGGAGGGACGAUGCAUACGGUGUUCUAGAGUAACAGCCUUGGACAGAGAUCCUCAUGCCUGUUGAACUUGCAAUUUGCAAUAACCAUGCACUUGAGGAGCCAGCUGCUAAAUAUGUGAAGAAACUCCAUUAAACUGAGGAUGUGAAAGGUUUUUCUGUAGUGCCUUAUUCACACAUGCAAGGAAGACCAAACACAUGUGGCCCAUACAAUGAACACUGAUGGUGGAUUUGAUUUACAUUCCUCUCCAUGCCAUUCAACAGAAGUAGGCUGGAACAGAAACAGAAUUACUGUAACUUUCACAUGGCUUGCCAUGGCUGUAAGGGCCCAUUCCAUUGAAAUCCAAACAGGUUGCCUGCUUGCGACUCAUUCGUGGGAUUGUCUGCUCAGUCUGAACAAUGAAAGCGUGGAGAGGAAAUAGCCACAGGUUCCCACUGGAGGAAACAAGAGAGCAUUUCCCUGUGUUUCCCAAUGUCAUAAUAGUGACACUAAAAGUGACUUAUUAAUAGUGGGUAACUCAGCAAGUUGUCUGCAAUUCUAGAUCGGCAAUUUAGUUAAGGAUACUGAACAAAGUAGUGUCUCCUGGCCUGAUGCUUCCAAUCUGGAUUUGCUGGGCAUCCCUGCAAGCAAUGGGAGUCUAUUCUUUCAUGGUACAGCAGACAGAUGUUUCCAAACCCUCCCAUGAACAAUUGCCAGUCAGGGUGACCAGUGGUCCUCCUUUUCCCUGACAUGUCCUACAUUUCAGCUUUAGGUCCAGGGGUCUGGGAGGAGUGCCAAAAUGUCCUCUAUUUUGAGCCAUAUGUCAAGAGGCAGUUCAAUACAUUUAUUACUGCCACUGCCGCUGCAAAGGGCUUGCUAGUUUUCGGCAAGCAAUAAACAUGACCAAAAUGUUUUGCCUUGCAACAAUGCACCUUAAUGACUGCAGAAAAAGUAUUGCCUUGGAGAGUCCAAUGAAAACUAUUGCAUUGGAGAGUCAAAGGAAAGGAGGACAAGGUUGGGGUGGUUUUGUUUUUCUUUCUUUAAUGGAGGUGUGGAAAGAAAAGGAGGAU